GGGGAAGCGGCUCUGUAAAACUGCAUGCAGUUACUGCGGUGGGGUUGGGUUAACGGAUCCUGCAGAAGGUUCUGGAAUAACGAUAUAUUAACUCUUCUAUCGUGGCCGUUCACCAUCAUCACUUCCACCACCACUGCCUCGGUAUUAUAGCCCUAUCGCGAAAGAAAGAAAAAAAAACCCUGUGAUCCCUGAACAUAUUCAGGAUCCGACGCAAGGCAGACCUCUGCCAACUUGGUGUUUCAGGGAGAGUAUCGUACUUUACAAUCCGGUGGAACCACAGCAACCCCGCUCGAUUACCCCUCUAAGUUUGUGUUUGCGCUCUGCAGCCGAUACAGCGCAAAGAGACGACAAACCUCCAACGGCAAUAGUAUAAAAUGUCUUCUGACAAGAAGAAGAUCCUGUUACUUGGGAGGAUCGACCACGCACACUCGUACUGGAGUUCACUGAAUGAUGUCGCCGAGGUUAUCGUUCCCAAGGCACGCAAUAGAGCGGAAUUUAUAGAGGAAUGUAAAUCAGGUGCACUCGAUGACGUCUUUUGUGCCUAUCGAACCUUUUUUUCCGUAGCUAUAACUGGCCGAAUAGACGAGGAGCUCGUGAGUGCCCUACCAAAGAGUCUGAAAUUCCUCUGUCAUAAAGGUGCCGGUUAUGACCAGAUCGAUCCAGAAGCAUGCACCCGGCACGACAUCCGAGUGUCGAACACCCCGACAGCUGUCGACGACGCAACGGCGGACGUAAACCUCUUCUUAAUAAUUGGCGCCCUUCGUAACUUCAAUCAGGGCAUGGUCCAGCUGCGCGAAGGCCAUUGGCUCAAGGACAUCCCUCUGGGACACGACCCGGAAGGGAAGGUCUUGGGCAUUCUGGGACUUGGUGGGAUAGGCCGUGCACUGAAGAAGCGGACUGACGCCUUCGACAUGAAGGUUAUCUAUCACAAUCGGAAACAGUUAUCCCCAGAUCUGGAAAAUGGGGCGGAAUAUGUCAGCUUCGACGAGCUUCUUUCCAGGUCGGAUGUCAUUAGUUUGAAUCUCCCCUUGAACUCCGCAACAAGACACAUAAUCUCAUCCAAUGAAUUCUCAAAAAUGAAGGACGGAGUGGUAAUCGUGAACACAGCCCGUGGCGCAGUUAUGGACGAGGAGGCGCUCGUGCAAGCACUCGCGAGUGGAAAGGUGCGCAGCUGCGGGCUCGACGUGUACGAGGAGGAACCGAAAGUGCAUCCAGGCCUUUUAUCCAAUCCCAGGGUUAUGCUAAUUCCGCAUAUGGGGACUUACUCUCAUGAGACUCUAAAAGCGAUGGAAUGUUGGACCAUUGAUAACUUGCACUCUGCGAUCUCCACUGGGAAAUUGAAGUCUCCGAUACCUGAACAGGCCGAUAUGUGAGGUAUAUGGGUUAGCCAGGGAGAUGGAUAGCUGGAUAGAUAAUCACAUAUCAUACAUACAAUUUAGACCAUUACUCAUA